UCAUUUGCCCGGUGUCUGCCGUAGACACGUGUUGUAUUUCUUGCUGAUGGUGCUAAUUAAACUUGUUAAAAAAGUAGAAUUUAAUAGUGUUAUAAAGUGAUAGCUGUUGUAAUAACUUGGUUGAAACGAAAGCUCACUCAUGUCGGAGGUUGAAGCGUUUGAAAGUUUUGAGGGCGACAAUGUCCAGCCCCAGGUAUUCGAUCAGGCACCGGUCGUCCAGCCAGCGGAACUCCCGGACAUUAAGUUAUUCGGACGCUGGAGUAGCGAUGAUAUCCACAUUUCGGACAUUUCUGUAUCGGAUUACAUCGCAGUGAAGGAGAAGCACGCCAAGUAUCUUCCCCAUUCGGCUGGUCGGUAUGCCGCUAAACGGUUCCGCAAGGCCCAGUGCCCAAUUGUUGAGCGUCUCACCAAUUCGUUGAUGAUGAAGGGACGCAACAAUGGUAAAAAGCUGAAAGCUGUCCGAAUCGUGCGCCAUGCGUUCGAAAUUAUGCAUCUGCUAACCGGGGAAAAUCCGCUGCAGAUUGUGGUGCAGGCCAUAAUCAACUCGGGGCCACGUGAAGAUUCGACCCGUAUUGGUCGUGCCGGUACUGUGCGUCGUCAGGCCGUUGAUGUUUCCCCACUGCGGCGCGUGAACCAGGCUAUCUGGCUUCUGUGCACCGGUGCUCGCGAGGCUGCUUUCCGCAACAUCAAGACUAUUGCCGAAUGCUUGGCUGAUGAGUUGAUUAACGCUGCUAAGGGUUCCUCUAACUCGUACGCCAUCAAGAAGAAGGACGAACUGGAACGUGUCGCCAAGUCUAACCGAUAAACCGUUACGGCAAGGCACAUGUGGCUGUCGAGCGAUACGCUUGUUUUUGGGGCUGGUUUCUAUCUCCCCCUCCCCAUUUUGAAUGCACGUUUUACAACGUGUUUCUGCUUGCGCAAAUUUAAUAACCAUCAAAAUUAACAACAUCCACAGCAAUGAUUCUGUUGCGCGCUAGAAUGUGAAUAAAAAAGGCAUAACGUGAAGAUUCA